AUAAACAUGACAAAAUACUGCUCACUCCGUCCUCUACCGUCCGCCGCUUGUCUUCCAUACGUCGUCAUAGCUCAUUGAGCCCCCCGGGAUUUUUGAAGCUUCUCGGCAACCCAGUGGAAGCUAUGGGCUCACGACCGGAAAAGUUCGAUCGUAUUUUGCAAAUGGCACCGCCGAAUCGAUUAAUUCAAGAGCAACACUCAUGGAAUCCAGAUGAUCGAUCGCCGAACAUCAUCGUGAAGGACCAAGACAAAUUAACACUCUACCGGCAUCCCGUACCGAACUGUACGGAUUGUAUUCGCGGAAAGAUGGGCUACAGCCGGGGAUUCCACGUAUGGCAAAUCGAAUGGCCUGAACGGCAGCGAGGAACACAUGCUGUGGUUGGAGUUGCGACGAAGAAUGCUCCACUUCAAGCUGCCGAAUAUACGACACUCGUUGGAUCCAAUAAUGAAAGUUAUGGAUGGAAUAUUGCUACACGAGAAUGUCACUACGGUUCGUGGAAGUGGAAGUAUCCGUACGGGAAUGGUCGAGAUGGUUUCAAUGUUCCUGAAAAGAUCUAUUGCAUUCUGGACAUGGAGCAAGGAAAUCUGUCAUUCGCCACAGACAACGAGUACCUCGGAGUUGUAUUCCAAAAUCUCCGGGGAAAACGAUUAUACCCAGCUGUGGCGACUCUUUAUGGAGACUGUGAGAUUACCAUGACACAUCUGGGAUCACUGGAACCAGUCGAGAUGCUACCGUUGUUCGAACUGUGUCGACGUCGUUUCCGAAGCAUAAUGGGACCAGACCCCGACAAACGCAUCAAGCCGCUGAUGAUCCCGCCGGUUAUGAAGGAAUAUUUGUUGUAUGAGAUUGAGUGAUAUUGAUCAUUUUCUCGCCAAAAAUUCACAUUUUUCUCCUCUUUUCCACUAACCCACAAAUCCCCACGGUUUUUCACCACUUUUUUUUUUGCAAAUUUCGCUGUCAAAUUGUGAAUUACUCAGAUUUAUAUAUUGAAUAUAUUGCUUUUAUACCUGAAUGAAAAUUGGAAUUUUGUUU